CCUCGUGACUCUGACGUCACUGCGAACUUGGAUCACACCAUUUUCUGUCUCAAAACUUCUUCUUCGCCCUAAAAUGAGUUGUUUGAGCUCUCUGUGCUGCUGUCUUCAGAGUCACUUCUCAGAGGAAGAGAGACAGCCUAUACUUGGUGCACCAGAGUCUGCAAGAAUAUCUCAUUCACCUCCUAAUGAUUCCCAGCACAGAAAUGGCAGGAUUACUGUGCGGCGUGUUGGUGUUCCAGAUCUGGAUCAGCGCUUCACUGACUUUGAACAAACAUUCAACAAGCAGCAGGAACACUAUGAGUGUAUGCAGGAAAAGUGGAAAACUCUGAUGUUCCGCUAUCGCUGUGCCCCUGACAGCAGCCUGUCCGAGUGCUUGCAGAAGAUUAAGGAUGAACAUGACGACCACCAGAUCAGCCUGCAGAUGAAAGGCUUUGACUUCAGCUUGGCUGUGACUCCAGACGAUCCGAUGCCUGACAAGCUGAAACGAACGCAGGAGAACAUCAAGGAGCUGUGUCAAGCUGUCAAAGCCAUCGUGGCAGUCGGUCCCAAGCUCGAGGAGAUGAUUAACUGGCUGUUGAAAUCAGAAAAGAGCCUGACCAAGAAGGUGAAGGAGGAAGCUAAGACAUACCUGGAGUCUAAACGACUCAGAGACAACUUGAGGGAGAAUCUGCACAAGGCAUCGAGAGCUAAAGAUCUCAGUCCCCGCUACAGGGAAGAGGCUGGAAAACUUCUCAACGAGGUGGCCCAGCUGUCAGGGGUUGAGCUGUGAAUCACUUUCUCAGUAUGAAAGACCAUAAAGGAUACAAUAAGAAUGAGUGAAGGAUGAUUUAGGGGAUAUAUAUAUAUAUAUAUAUAUAUAUAUAUAUAUAUAUAUAUAUAUAUAUAUAUAUAUAUAUAUAUAUACUGACCGGUGUCACUCCAGAAACACUUAUUUUCAAUGUACUAUAGACUAUAAAGGAUAAAUUUAGAAUAGAUAAAGAACUACAACAACAACAACUUAAAUAUAUGUUUGUGAAACAAUUGAUUUUUAAGGAUAAAUCUUUUAUAAUAUAGAUAAAAGUGCAUUAUCUAGCUUUUAUACCACAUCGCUGUUAAAUUCUUGAAGCUGAUUGGUCAGGAGGUGUUGAUUUAUUUCCUAUUUUUUUCCUAUCCUUUUUUUUAUGUGUAUAUAUAUAUAUAUAU